AUGAGUUGGGAUUUUAGGCCUCUAGGUGCUGUGCAUCCCUUGUACGUGUGGCCAACGUGGAAGAAAAGGGCCACAAUAAAAGGACUUUCCAUAGGAAUUUGCCCCCCAAAACAAAAUUCAAGAAGAGAAAAGCUGAGCAAAUUUCUGAAACAAGUGAAGCUAGUCCCAAUACAAGAACAAGGCGAGCUAAGUCUGCUAGAGUUGUGCAAAAAGGAAAAUGGAAGAGAAAGGGUACCAUUGCAGCAAGAAGUUCAAAUGUACCACAAAGUGAUUCAACUGCUCCAUCCUCAACAUCUGCCCCUCAUGCAUCAACUAAAGCUUCAAUUGGAAAUUCUUAUGUAUUGA